GGUGCGGAUCGGAGUCCGAUCAUCGGACUAAUCGGAGUCAUCGGAUCAUCACCGUGGCCGUAAUAAUACCUAGUGUCGCGGUGCCAAGACUUGGCUGAUAUAUAUCCGCCUGUUCUUAUAUAUCUGUGUAUAUAUAUACUGUGUAUCUAAGUACAUCGGGAAUGUUUUUCUGCUCCCAGCGCUGCUUCUUCUGCUAGUGAGUGCUGGAAACGUCGUCUUCGGGUAGAACGAUCUCCUAGACCUAAAACAUGUGUCCACUCGAAGCUCCAAUUAAAAUGAGUGUGUGCGCGACGUCUUGUGGUUAACUUCGUCGCUUCCUGCAGAUCUGGACGAAGCAACGAAACUUCCUUCUCUCGGUGCGUGGCCUCGACCCAUAGAAAAAACAGGAACUCGAGAAUUGAGAAACAAGAAUUGGCUGAAUAGAAGAGUCAACAGUCACCACUGCGAUACACCAUCAGGGAGAGAGCUGGAGCGUACCCUGGGGGAGAGGACAAGAGUGAAAGAAACAACGACGACCUAACCUCACUUCAGGCAGGACAUCAGGCAGCGUGGAUGCCGUGGAUGAUCAUCGUUAUCGGCAAGCGAAACAGAGUGCAUGCGUGUGCGUAGCAGCAGUGCGAGUUCGUCGGUCGUCGUCGCGUAGGACAAGAGUAAAAGGUGUAUGCGCACGUUGGCCUCGGGGAAGUUGUUGCCGCAGUCGAGGACAAUAACCAUCAAGGUGGAAGCCUGGGGAGUGUGUAAAGUUGUGGGUUAGUGAGUGUUGGUGCGCGACAGAGGAGCCAUGAGCGAGGACAAGAGCGACGAGGACUUUUGGGUGUCGAAUUUCGAGCAGCAGUACGUGGACACGAUCAGUGCCGAGCCAGACUACGAGAACCAGCUGCACAACGAGAAGGAGCUCUAUUGCCAGCAGAUCUGGUCGAAUUUUCAGACGACGGCGACCGCCAUCGCCCAGCUUUACAAAGAUCGCUCGCAGGGCACAUCUUUCUGGUCGCCCUUUCAGACGGCUGCCGGCACAGUCACCUCCAUGUACAAAGAGUCGACGAGCAACAUCCGACGGUGUAGCGAAUUGGGCAUGGAAGCCGGGAGACAAAAACGCAGCAGAGAAAUCAUGAAUUGGGCAAAGAAAAAACGACGGAUGAUUCGCCGGGAGGACCUCUUGGCGUAUCUCGCUGGCAAACCACCGCCUCCACGGCACUCGCAUCGAAGCUCGCCCAAGCCGCGUAUGAUGAUCUGCGGGUCACCACCGUCGCAAGGGCCGGCUGCGAGUAUGGUGGUGUCGUCGACACCUCCCCCUGGUAACGAGCCGGAACCAGAACUGCACACAUUUCGGGAAGCUCUCUCGGGUGAGUUUUAUUUAGAACACUAG